AUGAUCACGCGCACUGCUCAUCGUCUGCGUACGCCCGACGACAUCGAAUUGAGCGUGACGGAGUGCAAGGUCAACAUCCACCACACAGUAGCAGGCGACGCAUCGUUCGCAGCAGCAGCAGCUCCAUCCAUACACUCAUCAGAUUUGGCUGCUUCGGACCCGGACCAUGAGCAGGAAAGAGCAUGCAGCGCAUCGAUGCCCGCAGCAAGGCUGUCCAGCGCAACCCGCGCCCGCGCCCGCGCCCGCAAGCAAGGGCGUAUAGCCAUCAUUGCGCAUCCCUACGCACCCCUAGGUGGAUCACAGAGAGAUGCAACAGUCCAGCGCGUAGCGCAAGUGUUCUUGCAAAGCGGCAUCACGACGUACACGUAUGAUGCGAGGGGCGCAGGCGCGAGUUCUGGCAAAACUAGCUGGAGCGGAAAAGCUGAAAUUCUAGAUUUUCAGACUGUGGCUGAUUGGGCACUGGAAAGGCAGGUGCUGGCUGAUCGAGAAUGCACAGCUGCAAAGGCAGAGGAGGAUGGAAGCAAAAAAGUCCAGGUGUUUGCUGCUGGCUACUCUGCAGGCUCCCUCGCCGCUUCGCAUUACACCGCCCCACAGCCGCACGAGACAUUUUACCUGCUCGUAUCCUAUCCGCUCAAUGUUCGUUGGGCACUGAGCCUAUUCGCUUCUACUUCGCAUCAAGAAGCUGUUCGAAAAUGCGUUCGCGGAAGUGGUCUCUUGAUCCAAGGGGACAGAGAUCAAUUCACUAGGCUCUCCGCAUACGAGAAGUGGCUAGCGGAAUUGGGGAAAGAGGCAGAGAGACGAGGAGUUGCUGAGGAUGAGCGAACGGAUGCUCCUUCCGACACUGGCUUCAACAGCCUCCUCGUGCCAGGAGCGGACCAUUUUUGGAGCUCGAGAGAAGCGAGGAGUCGGCUUUCGAGCGCCAUUUUGGACUGGAUAGAUGGAGCGAUUCAGCGUUGA